CUCGAUUAUAACGUGGACUGCUUGAGAGCACACGGUGCACGCGGCGUGCUCUUUCGCAUCCGACUGUCAUCGCACGGAUACACUGUUGUCGCCAAGGCCACUCCAGCCCACUUCAAGAAGCAUCUGCAACAUGAAGCAAGGGUCCACGACCAUCUACGAUCGAUCCAGGGACAUCUUGAUCUCGUCCAGCCCUACCACUAUGAUGGUAUUGUGGAACUUGUCCAUUUCCUGCUAAUGGGCUACAGUGGCACCUGCCUGGCACGGCACGCCACCCAAGAGAUCAGUGAAGCUCUGAUAGCGGAAGCCGGUCGGUCAAUCGACGCUAUACACGCGCUUGGCGUGUUGCACCGAGACGCGAUGCCUCGAAAUAUGCUCUGGGAU